AUGUCACUCUCGUGGAAAUUAUUGCAUUACUUUGCCGUUAAAUUAAGACUACAGAUACAGAGAAGAGGACGUCUGCAAAAUUUGGGAAAUGGAGCGAGCGAGGAAGAUAAAGUAAAAGAGACGCUGGCAGAAGCGUAAAGGAUGGCAUUGGCAAGGCCUUUCUUGGGGAGUGCCCCGCUCCAGCAUCCACCAUUCCCUCUUCGUCUCAUCACUCAUUCGCUGAUUCCGUCCUCCUCCUUCCGUCUCUCCUCCUCCUCCGUCUUCCCCAUGUCACUUCCACAGCCUCAUUCCUCCUUUGAAAUCAUCGGAGGUGCCCGCGACCUCUUCCUCCCUUCUCUCUCUUACCUGUCCCGUCCUUACACUCCUUUCCCUUUCAUUGGUUCGAAUUGCCACAUCGAGACCAUUUUUGCCUCCUUUUUCAGGUCUGUUCCUCAAGUCAAAUACCGUCGUCAGUGUAUUCGCGCUCAAGACGACGGUGUCAUCGCUCUCGAUUGGGUUUCCGGCGACGAUCGAAUCUUGCCUCCCGAUUCUCCCGUCCUUAUUUUGCUGCCAGGUUUAACCGGGGGCAGUGAAGAUUCCUACGUGAGACAUAUGUUGAUUAGAGCCCGAAGCAAAGGGUGGCGCGUUGUCGUCUUCAACAGUCGUGGCUGCGGGGAUAGCCCUGUUACCACGCCACAGUUCUAUUCAGCUUCGUUUCUAGGAGAUCUGCGCGAGGUAGUCUCCCAUGUCACAACGCUAUACCCCGCAGCAAAUAUAUAUGCUGUCGGUUGGUCACUUGGGGCAAACGUUCUUGUUCGUUAUCUGGGUCAGGAAGCCCACGCUUGUCCUCUUUCUGGCGCUGUGUCAUUGUGUAAUCCUUUCAAUUUGGUUUUGGCAGAUGAGGACUUCCAUAAGGGCUUCAACAAUGUUUAUGACAAGGCUCUUGCAAGAGCUCUACGCGAAAUUUUCAAGAAGCAUGCUACACUCUUUGAAGACAUAGGUGGUGAAUAUAACAUUGAAUUGGCGGCCAAUGCCAAGACUGUUAGGGACUUUGAUGAUGGACUAACCCGUGUUUCUUUCGGUUUCAAGUCAGUGGAUGACUACUACUCCAAUUCCAGCAGCUCAGAUUCAAUAAAAUAUGUUCAAACUCCUUUGCUCUGCAUCCAGGCUGCCAACGAUCCAAUUGCUCCUUCUAGGGGAAUCCCUCGUGAAGGUAUCAAGGAAAACCCAAACUGCUUGCUAAUAGUGACACCCAAAGGUGGACAUUUGGGGUGGGUGGCUGGUGAUGAUGCUCCAUUUGGAUCGCCCUGGACUGAUCCUCUGGUAAUAGAUUUUCUUCAACAUCUGGAGAGAGGACACGUCAAGUCUGGUACAUCUUGUAUGAAUCCAGAAGGCAAUAAUCAAAGCAAAGAGGCAUUGUUUCGCCUUGAAGUGUAAUUUUUGCACUCUGGCGAACAUUCUUUUAUACAUUAUAUACACAUAUUUGAGAAUAUACUCCAAAAUCAUACCAUUCAAGAUCCCCUGAAUGCUGCUGCGUGGGACUACUACAUUCUCAUUUGUUUGUCCGCCGCAUGCCGUGGUCAGGACUCAGGAUUUAAGAAAAACAUUCUUCAAUUGUGUUGGGAGAAUGGCGUCUCUUGUAUGUUAAUGCAGCAGACGACAAGUAGUCAGAAAAGGUAUACUUAGUGCUUGAUCUUGCCCAGUUCUCAUACCUCCGUCUCGUUUGUAUCCCAUGAUUUCUGUGUUCGAACUUGUUAAGCAUUAUUCGCGGUUCUACCAUUGUAUUGAAAAUUAAUAAUGGGGUGAAUGUAUUCAUUCAAAUAA